CGGGGCAGAUUUCUUUCUAUUUUUCUCUUCUUCUUAGCCCGAACCCGGAAACCUUUGCUCCAGCAUUCAUCAGAUCUAUCACCAUUCGCCAAGAUUCGGGCGAUUAUCAGCUGUUGAUGUAUUGAUCCAGAAAUCAUUAGUGCAAGUUUUAGAAGAAUAUGGCUGGAAAGUCCUUCAAAGCGGCAGGGGAGCCACAAAUGACAAAGCUACCGGCAGGCGGUCCUUUGGUGACCUUUGCAAGAAGAACCUCAUCAGGCCGGUAUGUGAACCUAUCAAGGGACUCACUUGACAGCGAAAUAAGUGGGAUUGAGAGUGUGAACUACACAGUCCACAUACCGCCCACGCCCGAUAACCAACCCAUGGACCCAUCAAUUUCACAGAGGGUUGAGGAGCAGUAUGUUUCCAACUCUCUGUUCACCGGAGGGUACAACAGUGUCACGCGCGCUCAUCUCAUGGACAAGGUGAUCGAAUCAGAAGCCACCGACCAUCCUCAGAUGACAGGGGUAAAAGGGUCUUCUUGUGCGGUCCCCGGGUGCGAUGGGAAGGUGAUGCGCGACGAACGUGGCGAGGACAUUCUCCCAUGCGAAUGUGAUUUCAAGAUUUGUAGGGAUUGCUAUAUAGAUGCCGUGAAAGCCGGCGAGGGAAUUUGUCCGGGUUGUAAAGAGGCUUACAAGAACACUGACUUGCUGGACCAGAGCAGCGCCGUGGACCCCAGCAGACAACCUUUGUCUUUGCCAUCAAACGUUGGGACAUCAAAGAUGGAGAGAAGGUUGUCAUUGAUGAAAUCAGGGAAUGAAUCAGCAUUAGUCAGAAGUCAGUCCAGGUUGACCAGGAGUCAAACAGGGGAUUUUGAUCAUAAUAGAUGGCUGUUUGAGACAAAAGGAACAUAUGGUUACGGCAAUGCGAUAUGGCCAAAGGAGGAAGAUGGGGGUUCUGGAAAUGAUAAAUCCAACGGCGGCGAGCCUUCGGAACUUCUUAAUAAGCCAUGGAGACCACUCACACGGAAACUGAAAAUACCUGCUGCUGUUAUCAGUCCAUACCGGCUUUUGAUUUUGAUUCGCGUUGUUGUGCUGGGACUGUUCCUUGCAUGGAGGGUCAGCCACCCGAACAACGACGCGAUAUGGUUAUGGUACAUGUCAAUCAUAUGUGAGAUUUGGUUUGCCUUCUCGUGGCUCUUAGAUCAACUUCCCAAGCUUUGCCCCAUCAACCGUGCGACUGAUCUCAAUGUCCUGAAAGAGAAAUUUGAAACGCCGUCUCCGGCCAACCCUUCUGGAAAAUCUGAUCUUCCCGGUCUUGACAUCUUUGUCUCCACUGCAGACCCAGAAAAGGAGCCACCACUUGUUACUGCCAAUACCAUACUGUCUAUCCUUGCAGCGGACUACCCGGUUGAAAAACUCUCUUGCUAUGUUUCCGAUGAUGGCGGGGCCCUCCUCACUUUUGAAGCCAUGGCUGAAGCUGCAAGCUUUGCCAACAUAUGGGUCCCAUUUUGCAGGAAGCACGGCAUCGAACCGAGGAACCCGGAGACUUACUUUAACUUGAAGCGGGACCCGUACAAGAACAAGGUCCGCUCCGAUUUUGUGAAGGAUCGCAGGCGGGUGAAACGGGAGUACGAUGAGUUCAAGGUUCGGAUCAACGGUCUUCCCGACUCCAUACGCAGACGUUCUGAUGCUUAUAAUGCUCGGGAAGAGAUAAAGGCUGUGAAGCUUCAGAGAGAGGCUGCUGGUGAUGAACUGUUGGAGCCUAUCAAAAUCACCAAGGCCACUUGGAUGGCGGAUGGGACCCAUUGGCCCGGGACCUGGAAUGCUUCCGCUCAUGAGCAUUCAAGGGGUGAUCAUGCAGGAAUCAUCCAGGUGAUGUUGAAACCACCAAGUGAUGAUCCAUUGCACGGAAAAGCUGCGGCUGAAGGAAACCCGGUUGAUCUAAGCGAAGUUGAUAUCCGGCUUCCCUUGUUGGUCUAUGUUUCCCGUGAGAAACGGCCCGGUUACGAUCACAACAAGAAGGCUGGGGCAAUGAAUGCCUUAGUCCGGGCUUCAGCAAUCAUGUCCAAUGGCCCAUUCAUCCUCAACCUUGACUGUGAUCACUAUAUCUACAACUCACAGGCAAUCAGAGAAGGCAUGUGUUUCAUGAUGGACCGUGGGGGUGACCGGAUUUGUUACGUCCAAUUUCCCCAAAGGUUUGAGGGUAUCGACCCGUCCGACCGUUACGCGAACCACAACACGGUUUUCUUCGAUGUCAACAUGCGGGCCUUGGAUGGGCUGCAGGGUCCGGUUUAUGUGGGUACGGGUUGCCUUUUCCGCCGGACCGCCCUUUACGGUUUCGACCCGCCAAGGAACAAGGACUAUAAUCCCGGCUGCUGCUGCUGUUUCCCCGCCCGGAAGAAACGGGCUAGCGUUGCUUCCGACCCGGAGGACGAGAAUAGGAGUCUUAGGAUGGGGGAUUUCGACGACGAGGAGAUGAAUCUCUCGUCUUUCCCGAAACGGUUUGGUAACUCGACCCUCCUCAUUGAUUCCAUUCCGGUCGCCGAGUUCCAAGGCAGACCGCUCGCAGAUCACCCGGCGGUAAAAAACGGGCGCCCGCCCGGCGCCCUAACGAUACCCCGGGAGCUCCUCGACGCGUCCACCGUGGCCGAAGCCAUCAGUGUCAUCUCGUGCUGGUACGAAGACAAGACGGAAUGGGGGAACAGGGUCGGGUGGAUUUACGGGUCGGUGACCGAAGACGUGGUGACGGGCUACCGGAUGCACAACCGCGGGUGGAGGUCGGUCUACUGCGUGACCAAGAGGGACGCCUUCCGCGGGACGGCACCCAUCAACCUGACCGACCGGCUCCACCAAGUACUCCGGUGGGCCACCGGGUCCGUCGAGAUCUUCUUCUCCCGCAACAACGCGUUAUUGGCCAGUCCCAAGAUGAAGAUGCUGCAGAGAAUCGCGUACCUGAACGUGGGCAUCUACCCCUUCACCUCCCUCUUCCUCAUCGUCUACUGCUUCCUCCCUGCCCUCUCACUCUUCUCCGGCCAGUUCAUAGUCCAGACCCUGAACGUCACGUUCCUCACCUACCUACUGGGCAUCACUCUGACUCUGUGCACCCUCGCCGUCCUGGAGAUCAAGUGGUCGGGGAUCAACCUGGAGGAGUGGUGGAGGAACGAGCAGUUCUGGCUGAUAGGAGGGACGAGCGCGCAUCUGGCGGCAGUUCUGCAGGGCCUGCUGAAAGUGGUGGCGGGGAUCGAGAUCUCCUUCACCCUGACGUCGAAGUCGGCGGGGGACGAGAACGACGACGAGUUUGCGGACCUCUACAUCAUCAAGUGGAGCUCGCUGAUGAUACCGCCGAUCACGAUCAUGAUGACCAACCUGAUAGCCAUAGCGGUUGGGUUCAGCAGGACGAUCUACAGUACGAUACCGCAGUGGAGCCGGCUGAUCGGAGGGGUGUUCUUUAGUUUCUGGGUUUUGGCUCAUCUCUACCCCUUCGCUAAAGGGCUGAUGGGAAGGCGGGGCAGGACGCCGACCAUUGUGUUCGUUUGGUCUGGGCUUAUCGCCAUCACCAUUUCCCUUCUCUGGGUUGCCAUCAACCCUCCAUCUGGUAAUUCUGAAAUUGGAGGCUCAUUCCAGUUCCCUUGAUAUGAAACUAGACUGAGCUAAAGGCAUAUAUACAUAAGCUAUAGCUAAUUGCUUU